UUCACCGAAAAGCAGCAGAAAAUAUUUCCGUCCUGUAUGGAAAAGGAGAAGAGAUGACAACGAGAAGGACCACCAAGAUGACCCUCAUUCAAAGAGGAAUAAGAAGGACCAGGCCUUCCAGGACCCUCGCGCUAUAGAGGGAUGGACAAAGAGCAGCAGUUAGAGAAUUCAAGAUCACCCCUGAAGAAAACAAAACUAGUUAAAAUCAAGAAAUGCUUGCAAGAAGAGCUCUGGUGUUGCGGUGUUGCGUCUUCCUUGCUGGUCGAGGAGUGCCGCCACAUGUUACCUCAGCAAGCUGACAAGAAAACGAAACCCUCUUACCCUGGAGAUGCAGAUCAGGAGGUGUUAAAAUGUGAAUGCCGCUACUGCCAAGCUUGUGUGGGGACCACGUCCGGAGUCUGUGGGACCAGGACAGAAGCAACCUCUCAUUCACCCUCCCCAGAAAAGCUGAUACAAGACUUCCAUAACCUGACACUCAACCCUCGUUCCACCCAGCCCCCUGUUCUGCCAGAAGGAAUACAAAAAAGAGAUAACAAAGUGCAUUGGCAGCAGAAGAACAAAAAGGGGUUUCAAAAGCUUCUCCCCGAAUGGAGAGAAUAACUCUGGCAAUGUCAUCCUCAUGUGAAGAAGAUCAGAACCUACACUAUCGUGAGUGUCAACAUCACCAAUCCCUAGGGUGAUAUGGUUUUGGUUGCAUGGUCAGUAGGAGUAUCAGCAUCCAGCUUGGUGUCAAUCAUACCUUUGGUUGGCAAGUUUCAAGGCUAUCCCACAAAUGUAGCAGCCUUUUUCUUAGUAGUUUUGACAUCCUCCCUGGGGCAUUCUGGGAAGAGAUACUCUUUGGCAAGGGCCACCACACAGCAAUAAUUCUAUACUCCCAAUAAUGCUGUUUCCAAAACUUAAACAGGUUUUGACUCCUCCUUCCUUAUGUUGUUGCCAAUAAAGGUAGAACAUUGA